AUGAAUCCAAGUAACCCUGGUGGUCGCCUUCUGAAAUGACCAGCAGACACACAACUGUCCAGAGGCUGCCCGAAGUAUAAACUCUGGUUCUAAAGUACCAUGUCCAGCCAAGGAAGUCCUAGUGUGGAGUUUUCUACGACAACAGUCAGUUCGGUUGCUGUGCAGGCUGGGGACUCCAAAAUUGUUAUAGCUGUCAUAAAGUGUGGCAAAUGGGUACAACUUCAACUGGCUGAAUCACAGCCCAAUCUUCUAGAAAUUGGCAGCAGUCAGGAUGAAACCAAAAAACUUCUUCAUGAUCAUAAACUUCUUUUGGCCAAGCUCAAGGCUUUGGAAGAUCGGGUAUGGGAACUCUUGAAGGAGGCAGACAAGACAGCUGAAGAGAACAAGGAUCAGAGUCAGGUCUAUGAUGCCAUGGCCGAGACUCUGGGUGAAGCCUGGGCAGCCCUGGUCUCCAUGCUUGAAAGAAGAACGGAUCUCCUUAGGUUGACUUCUGAAUUUUUUGAAAAUGCCUUAGAGUUUGCUGUUAAAAUAGACCAAGCUGAAGAUUUCCUCCAGAAUACUCAUGAGUUUGAGAAUGCUGAGUCCUUAAAAUCACUUCUUCAGCUUCAUGAACAUCAUACUAAAGAACUCUUAGAACGGUCUUUAGCACUUUUAAACAAAAGUCAACAACUCACUGACUUCAUAGAAAAAUUCAAGUGUGAAGGACCUAAUGUGAACCCCGAGUUGAUUCAGGCGGCUCAUAGCAGCUGUCUGAAGAUUGACAGCCUUCUUGAACUUCUACAAGACAGAAGAAGGCAACUAGACAAGUACUUGAAGCAACAGUGGCAAGAAUUGAGUCAGGUUCUGCAAAUAUGUCAGUGGGACCAACAAGAAAACCAGGUUACUUGUUGGUUUCAGAAAACUGUAAGAGAUUUACAGGAACAAAGUCUAGGUUCAUCACUUUCAGACAAUGAGGACCUAAUUCGUAAGCAUGAGGAACUGAUAAUAAAAGCAAAGGAAUGGAAUUUUGCUGUUGAGAAGCUGAAGAGUGAGGCACUGGGAAUUCUGCUGUCAAAGGACUACGUGGAGAAAGAGCACCUCCAGCUCUCUCACCAGAAACUGAGUCAGCUUCAGGAAGAAUUUGGUCAACUCAUGGUGGAAAGGAAUACCUGGUUAAAGGAGGCAAAUGAAUUUUUUAACAGUGCUAACAAGGCAUUUGAUGUACUUGGAAGAGUUGAAGCUUACCUUAAGCUCCUUAAAUCAGAGAGUUUAAGUCUGGCUGUUUUGGCAGCGAGGCAUGAGGAAUUACACAGAAAAAUUAAAGACUGCACAGCUGAUGCUUUGCAAAAGGGACAAACCUUAAUCAGCCAAGUAGCCUCCUGCAGCUCUCGGGUGUCCGGCAUCCAUGAGAUGAUGGUGUGCAUUAAGAGACGAGUGGAUCAUCUGACCAAACAGUGUUCAGCGCACAAGGAAUUUGCUCUCAAGAAACAACAACUAACAGCCUUGGUGGAGGGUUACCUAAGGAAGGUGGAAAUGUCAAUUCAGAAAAUCAGUCCAGUACUUUCUAAUACAAUCGAUGUUGGUUCCACCCGUUCUGAAUCGGAGAAGAUUUUGAAUAAAUAUCUGGAACUAGAUAUCCAAGCUAAGGAGACAUCACAUGAAUUAGAAGCAGCUGCAAAAAUCCUGAUGGAGAAAAAUGAAUUUGAAUCUGAUGAAAUGGCAUCACUUUCCUCUAAAGCUAGAUGGCUAGCAGAAGAAUUAAACCAACUUGGCCAAAGCAUUGACUCCAGAUCACAAGUCCUGCAAAUUUACGUGGCAUUUCUGAAGUCAUCAGAGGAGGUAGACAUGCAGUUUCAAAACUUAAAAGAAUUUUAUGAAACUGAAAUCCCUCAGAAGGAGCAGGGUGAUGCUAAAGCCAAGCAUUGUUCUGACUCGGCUGAGAAGCAGUGGCAGCUAUUUUUAAAGAAGAGUUUUUUAACACAAGAUCUCGGACUUGAGUUCCUUAAUUUACUAAAUAUGGCAAAAGAGAAUGAGAUAUUAAAUGUGAAAAAUGAAGUGUACAUCAUGAAGAACACCUUGGAAACCCAGAAAGCAGCAAGGGAAGAACUUAGCCUCCUUCGGCUGGCAUGGCAGCUUAAAGCCACGGAAAACAAGCCUGUAAAACAGCAAUGGGUGGCAUUCAAAGAGCAGCUUAAAAAGACUACUCACAAUUUAAAACUUCUUCAGGAAGUACUUAUGCCUGUGUCUGCCCUUGACCUUGGAGGGAGCCUCCAGUCCAUUUUAGACCUACAACAGAAAUGGAAUGACAUGAAGCCUCAGUUCCAGCAAUGGAAUGAUGAGGUUCAUUACAUUAUGAAAGAAUCAGAGGAGUUAACUGGCAAAGGAGCCCCUGUAAAAGAGAAGUCUCAACAACUGAAGGACCUUAUUCACCUCCAUCAAAAACAGAGAGAGAGAAUCCAGGAUUACGAGGAUAUCCUGUACAAGGCAGUCCAGUUCCAUCAAGUCAAGGAAGAGCUGAGACGUCUCAUCAAAUCAAGAGAACUGGAGUUUCUAGAGCAGCCAAAGGACCUGGAUGAUGCUCAGAAUGUGCAGAUUCAUCUCAGGUGCUCUCAGGAAAAGCAAGCACAUGUAGACCAUCUCCACCGACUGGCCCUUUCCCUAGGAGUGGACAUCAUUUCAUCAGUGCAGCGGCCUCACUGCUCUAAUGUUUCUGCAAAGAACCUACAGCAGCAGCUGGAGCUCCUUGAGGAGGACAGCAUGAAGUGGCGGGCCAAAGCUGAGGAGUAUGAGCAGACCCUGUCCCAUAGUGUGGAGUACUGCACCACAAGAGACGAGAUAAAUGAGCUCAAAGAGUCAUUCAAAGAUAUCAAAAAGAAAUUCAAUAAUUUGAAGUUUAAUUAUGCUAAGAAAAAUGAAAAAUCUCGGCAUCUGAAGGCACUUAAGUAUCAAAUUCAACAAGUUGAUAUGUAUGCUGAAAAAAUGCAGGCUUUAAAAAGGAAAAUGGAAAAAGUUAGUAAUAAAACCUCUGAUUCUUUCUUAAAUUAUCCAAGUGAUAAAGUUAAUGUUCUUUUGGAAGCCAUGAAAGAUUUGCAAAAACAUGUGGAUGACUUUGACAAAGUUGUGACAGAUUACAAGAAGAAUUUGGACCUGACUGAGCAUCUCCAGGAAUUGAUAGAAGAGUGUCACUUUUGGUACGAAGAUGCAAGUGCCACAGUUGUAAGAGUUGGAAGGUAUUCCACAGAGUGCAAGACAAAGGAAGCUGUGAAAAUUCUCCACCAGCAGUUCAAUAAGUUUAUUGCACCCUCAGUGCCACAGCAAGAAGACAGGAUUCAGGAAGCCACUGACCUUGCUCGGCGCUUAUAUGGUUUGGAAGAAGGACAGAAAUAUAUUGAGAAAAUAGUGACAAAACACAAAGAGGUUCUUGAAUCUGUGACUGAAUUAUGUGGGUCCCUCACAGAGCUUGAAGAAACACUGAAGCAGGAAGAUGUUUUAAAGAUGAAUCCAAAUUUGGAAGACUUCCAUGAUGAUUACAUUGACUUGCUAAAGGAACCAGCAAAAAAUAAGCAGACAACAGUCAAUGAAGAAACAAAUAAGGGGCAGGCACAAGUGGCAGAUCUUUUGGCCAUCGAUGGAACAGGGAAAGAUCAGCAACCACAAGACCUGAAGGUGUCUACUGACAAGGAGGGUGGUGUCCAGGGCCUGCUCCUGCCUGAAGACAUGCUCUCAGGGGAAGAAUAUGAGUGUGUCUCACCUGAUGACAUCUCCUUGCCUCCACUCCCGGGAAGCCCUGAGUCCCCCCUUGCACCAUCUGACAUGGAAGUGGAAGAGCCUCCCAGAUCCUCCCUCAGCCUUCACAUAAGCAGCUGUGGGGUGCAGGCUGGGACCAGUAGCCCAGGGGAUGCCCAGGAAUCUGUUCUUCCACCACCUGUUGCAUUUGCAGAUGCAUGCAAUGAUAAGAGAGAAACAUUUUCAAGUCAUUUUGAGAGGCCUUACCUCCAAUUCAAAGCUGAGCCCCCACUAACCUCUGAAGGAUUCCUGGAAAAGAGUACUGCCUUGCACAGAAUCAGUGCUGAACAUCCAGAGAGCAUGAUGAGUGAAGUGCAUGAGAGAGCUUUACAGCAGCACCCUCAGGCUCAGGGCGGUUUGCUAGAAACUCGAGAUAAAAUGCAUGCUGAUAAUAACUUCACUAAAACCCAAGAUAGGCUGCAUGCUUCCCCUGAUGCAUUCUUGGGCCUCAGGUUUCAAUCAGGCACCAGCAGGGGCUAUCAGAGGCAAACAGUUCCUCAAGAAGAGAUUAACAGCACAUCAGCAAAGAGCAGUAUGGUCAGCCUCGCUGACCAGGCACCUAAUUUCUCCAGGCUCCUGUCUAAUGUAACUGUCAUGGAAGGUUCUCCAGUGACUUUGGAAGUUGAAGUAACAGGAUUUCCAGAGCCUACACUGACAUGGUACAAGAAGGGCCAGAAACUGUCUGCAGACGAGCACUUACAGGUUUUACACAAGGAGACAAGGCAUUCGGUGUUCAUUCGGAAGGUAUGCAAGGCAGAUGCAGGCCUCUAUGUGGCUCAGGCCCGAAACUCUAGCGGCAUUCUCUCUUCCAAUGUCAUCCUCCAUGUGACAGGUAACUGCAGGCCGCCAAUCACAAGAAUUAACUGGAUAACCCUGUGUGUCGUCUAUGUUAGUGUGUUCCUAAUGUACUGGCUACUCACACAGUAACUGGUGGUGGUGGCACCAAUGGACAUAAUUCUCAUGUGCCCAAAGAACAAUGCAGCUGUUUAUCUUCCUGUACCUCCUGCAGAGCAUCUCCUACCAAGUGUAUCUCCAGUCUGAUCACUGUGCUUGUUUGGCUAAUACCACUGCUAGGUGAAAUAAUCAAAUUUUCUUGUGUGUUUAAUAUAUUUGAGAAGCUUGGUAAAUUAUCUGUAGUAGAUAAGAACAUAUUUUUGUAUUCUAGAAAGAUGUUUUCAAUAUAAUAUGCAGCAAAAUUAUUCUAUGCUUAUUUCCUCCUAAUUUAAGGGUGUGCAGAUGAAGGCUGACUCAACAUCGAAAUGCACUAAAUUUCAAAUACAGUUGUUUGAUCAUUUAUUUUUAAUUGCAUUUUAAAAGACCUCUUUUUAGGGAAUAUCAGCAGAAUUAUUGAAUUGAAGUUGUAUUUUUGUUUGCAUUAGCUGUCCCGUAAUUUUGCUUUUCAUGUCUUGAUCUUUUUACUGAAAUGCAUUCUAUGUAAUUUCAACAUAGACUACAUUCCUGAGUCUGAUGAUGUCACCGUAAAUAAUCAUUCCUCGUGUUGCUCUCAUGGGUCUGACACUGGAGAAUAGAUGUGCCAUCAACUUUAAAUAGUUUACAUCUUUGGUCAGCUCUGCACAUCAUACAGCCUGAUGGAAUACAAGUUGCAGGAAAGAACCAACAUUAUCUGUGUCAUUCUGUUGAUGUGGUUUGAGCAGCAAUGUAGACAACUGUAACCAAGUGUUUCUGCUUCUAAUCUUCAUUCUGCUGAUGACCAUUUUUAUACUCUUUGGCAAAGCAUCUCAUUGCCUCAGUUUCCUGUCUGGAAAAUAAGUUCAUCGUCUACCUCUUAGGCAAUUGAGAGUUUUCAUUUUGUGUCUUUUAAACAUCUGGAAAAUGGAAAGCACUCUAUGAGGGCUAAGGAUAAUGAUAUUGUUUAAUGUGAUUUGUCAUCAGACUGGCCUCCGACUCACUAUUUCUUCUUUUUCAGAUGCUGUUUCUUUAGAAUAUUAAAUUAACGGAGUGCUGUUAAUACGUAAUUUUCAACUAGUCCCAUGGGAGAAAGUGAUGUUUUAUGAAUUGGAGCUUAAAUUC